AUGGCUUAUGGACAGGAAUUGCAACAUGGGAAAAAGCAUCAUGCAUGGAGGCACAUAACGCCGCCACUGCAGAGAAUCGCGCAUACGGUAUGCAUAACAGAGAUGGGGUCGUCGGAACCUUAUUUAAGAAAGUUGAAUGCCAUGUUUCUUGCAUCAAUGACUGUGUCUCGAUCAAACUCGAUAAAUUCAGACGAAAGUAUCAAUGAUAUCUCCGACGACUCGAGGUAUCAUCAACUACUCAAGCCACUUUGGGAAUGUGAUACCGAUGAAGUUAAACCCCAUACCUGUUUGAGAACCUUGGUCAAUUUCUCUCUCGGCCACUCGUUUCUUUUCCCCAGUGGUCAACGACGGGAAGUAUGCAUUGCCGACAUGAGAACGUAUGAACUAGAACAACAAGGAUCCAAAUCGUGUCCAAUUGCAUUGAUAAUAACGACAAACAAUUCCACCACUUCCAAUGGCCCGCAGUACGCCGGAUGUCUCCGAGCUCGAGAUGUGGAUAAAUGUCCGGUUGCAAGUAUAGCCAUGUACUUGUUUAGCAGGUACCACAUUGCAGAUGCAUAUGGUAAUACCGAAUCUGGACCGGACUUCCUGAGUGCUGAAAAAUUCAGAAAUAUCAAGCUCAUGAAAGGAAGCAAUAGCUCACAAGCCAUGUCAUAUUCCCAACAACACAAGUCUGCGGCGAAGGCAGUGGAGCUCGCAGGACUCAAGGAUUCCAAGAACUUUUCGCUUCCCAAGCUUUUGACCACCAAUCGAGACGAAGAUCUUACUCGCAACGACCGGCCGCACCUGGUCAAUUUGAACAAUCUUCCACAACAAAUCAUAUACAAACUAGCUGGAUUCGAACGAGGGUGCGACUACGAUAUUGGACGUGAUCGACUCGAUCCUCCGCAAGAAGUUUUAAAGCAAAUUUUCCCAUUUAUAGACGGAGACAUUACCAUUGAAGAUCCACUGCUUCUCCAUGUUCGGCUGCUUUUCCUAUACUUACGCCAUGUUCUCGUCCAAGAUAUGGUUCUUCUCAAGCACAGGUAUCCUAAUAAUCCAGUUCUGCAACAUCCAUUCUUCAAUACUCCAAGUUUCAACUUUUAUGCAUCCAGGGUAAACGAAACCAUGGCCCUCGGCAUCGACAUGUAUUCGAGUCCAUCUCCAGAAUCUUCUCCUUUUUCCCUGCCGGAACCAAGAACCCACUCUGUUUCCCCUUCAACUUUGAGCCAAUACGACGCCGUAGGUCGUCGCAUGGUUCGUCUUCAACAAGACCAUUAUCUCCGUCUCCAACGGUAUAUGAGGCACCAAGAUUGGGCCAUCAGACAACAGUCUCAGCAACUUCAAAAGAUCCAAGAGGCACUCAAUGGGGUCCAGAUACUCCAUCUGGCACGGUCUAAUGGUACUUCCGGCAUGGCUGAGCAAUCGUUGAGAAGUAUUGCAACCUCUUUGAAAGACUUAUCUCGCUGCAGUUUUGACUCUUGUCAAGGUAUUAAAGAGUUGAACAAAACCGUGGAGCAAAAUUGCCAGAAACUCACUCAAUUUGUCGAAGAAAGAAAGCUGAUGGAAGUUCCAACUUUUGAUAAUGAAGAAUUUGCAACCAAAAGAAAUGCGGUUUUGCAUCGUCGUUUAUCGAGAAGUGCGGCUACUUUAUACGAAAUGUGGGACGAUUUUAAAUCGUUAGAAAAAGAGCUCUACGCAAAUGGCAUAUCCACCACCGAAUGGCUCAAAGUACAUGGUAGCUCGGAACGGCAAUUUAGGCACACCCGCAUGAAAAUUAUCCGGUUUGUGGAACAAGAAGCCUCACGCCGGAAUUUGCCGGUGGAACAAGUCAAGCAUAUGCUCUACGAGAAAAUGAGAAACAGACAACGCCCAUGGACUAUAGACGAAGUACAGAGACAAUUGACGGCAGGAAGGCGCAUUGAUCUAUAA